CCUGGAGCAGCCGAUCUCACCCGUGGCCUUCCCAGCCAGCAGCAGCCUGGACCCAUGUGCAAAAGAGACUGUGCUGAAUGCCAUCAAGGAGAGCAGGAAGAGAGCUGUGGAGGAGGAGGAGGAGGAGGACCAGGCUUUUGGGAAUGAUCAGGAGAGUAAGAGAAGGCGCCACGAUAGCAGCGGAAGUGGGCAGUCGGCGUUUGAGCCGCUGGUAGCCAAUGGGCCCCCCGCCUCUCUUAUACCCAAGCCUGGCUCUCUGAAGAGGGGCCUUGUCUCACACUGCCCAGAUGACUGCUCAAACAAGAGGUCACGCACCUCUUCCAUGAGCUCCCUCAACAAUACGUACACUGGCGGGAUCCCUGGCUCCAUCCGCAACGCCAUCGCCAGCUCCUACAGCUCCAGUCGGGGCCUCUCACAGCUGUGGAAGAGAAGUGGUAUGAGCAUGACCCCGCUGUCCAGCCCAGCGUCCUCCCGCUCCCAGACGCCAGAGUGGCCUCUCAAGAAAGCCAGGGAAGAGGAGUUGCAUUGCUCCAACACUUCCACUCCAGUGAAAUCAGACAAGGAGCUGCAGACAGAGAAAGCGGUGGAGACGCCGGCACAGAAGAAGCAGAAUUCCCUGAGCUCACCGUCUGUGUCAGGGAGCAGCGGGAAGCGCAAGCGGAAGAUCCAGUUGCUGUCAUCUCGCCGGGGGGACCAGCUGGCGCUGCCCCCGCCACCUCAGCUGGGCUACUCCAUCACGUCAGAGGACCUGGACGCGGAGAAGGCGGCAGCGUUGCAGUGGUUCAACAAAGUCUUGGAGGAUAAGGCUGAUGCGGUCCCCAGCACCACUGCAGAGACUACGCCCGUGUCCACGCCACUGGCAUUUGGCAUGACCUCCUCAGGGCCUGUGCCUGCCUCAACACCUCCUGCCCCAGCCAGUACCAACUCUCUCCUGGACAGCCUGAAGAAGAUGCAGAGCAGCCAGGCUGCGCCUGCACCAGCAGACUCCACUGGAGCUGCAGUAGCAUCCCAGCCGCCUUUAUCAGCUGCACAGCCACCCACUUCUGCUGUAUUGCUGGAGUCAAGUUCUCUGCCUGCCACCUCUGCUGACACCAAGCCUGUGCCCAUGUUGAGCACGCCUGCUCCUGCUGCCCCCCCUGCCUUGGGGAUGCAGGCCUCCAGCAGCCUGGCACCUCCUGCGUUCACAGAGCUGGGCCAGACACCCAGCAAGCCUUCCUCCUUCCCAAAGCCAAGCAUCCUUUUUGGCAUACCAAACACCCCUCCUGCCAGCCAGCCAGCAAUGACUGCGGCUGCUGCUGUGCCCACAACCUCUGCUGUGCCCACCACGACCCCUGUCUUCAAACCCGUCUUUGGUGCUUUGCCGAAAAGUGAGAGCGCAGCACCCUGUACGGCUGUCAUCUCUGCCACGGUCACCGUGUCUGCGAGCUCAGGCCCUUCCUUGACAUCCUCCACCACCACCAUGUUCAAGCCUAUCUUCGGCAGCGUCACCACAGCUUCAUCUCCAGUGAAGGCCUCUCCUUUUGCCUUCAAGCCAACGUCACAGCAGGCCUCGGCUGCAGAUCUGCCAGCAGCCUCCACGACUACACUGGCAGCAUUCACGGGUCUCUCUAAUGUCAUCUUCACCACUGCAGCUAUGACUGCCACCACGCAGAGUUCCUCCACAGAUGCCACCAUUAAACCUGUCUUCAGCUUUGGACUCAACCCACCCACCUCCACUGGUCCCACUACCAGCCUGAUUGUCACCGCUGCCACAUUGGCCCCACUCCCCGCCUGGUGGCCCCCGCUGCCACAUCCACCAUUUGGAAAGCCACCUCCAGCCACGGUCACUGCCACCACCAGUGUCACAGGAGGCCCUGCCUUUGGCCAAGCACCUUCAAACUUGACGGCUCCUACCACCACUGUGGGCUUUAGCAUAUUUGGGGGCACCACGCUGACCUCUUCUACACCAGCCACGACAAGUCAAGCAACAUUAACGUUUGGCUCCUCUGUUUCAGCUUUUGGCAGUUCCUUCAGCACAAGCACAAAGCCGCCACCACCAUAUCCUGGUGCAGUGAGUCAGCCCACCUUCAGUGCCAGUGCUGCAGAGAGCCAGACAUCCACCAGCAAGCCCACUGCUGGCCCUGUCAGCUUUGGCCCCCCGUUCAGUUUUGGAGCCCCCACAGCUCAGUCCACUGCUCAGCCAGCAUUUGGCAGCAGUGCUCAGCCAGCCUUUGGCACAACCAGCACCCAGGGCUCCUUUGGCAUCAGCAGCACCCAGGCAGCGUUUGGGACCACCACGUCAGUCUUCUCUUUUGGGACAGCCACCUGCACCACCACUAGCUUCGGUUCCACCACUCAUGCCACAAGCAGCAGCACUGGCACUGCUGUCUUUGGCACCACCCCUUCUCCUUUCACCUUUGGGGCAACCGCCCAGCCAGGCCCCUCCGCCAGCGCCUUCGGGAUCAGCACGCCUGCCUUGAGCAGUGGCUCUCCCGCUGUGGCAUUCAGCUUCGGGGCUGGACAGAGUGGGGCAGCCCCAGUGGCAACGCCAUUCGGCUCUUCCCUGACGCAGAGUGCGCUGGGUGUGCAGAAUCAGAGCACACCCUUUGCCUUCACCGUGCCCAGCACACCCAACAACAAGCCCGUGUUCGGAGGAACUCCUGCGCCCACCUUCGGGCAAAGCACACCUGUCCCGGGAGCAGUGGUGAGCGGAAGCAGUAGCCUUUCCUUUGGGACGCCCAGCACUCCUGCCUCAGGCUUUGGAGGAGUCGGCGCUUCCUUCGGUUCAUCCACCCCAGCCUUUUCCAUCGGGGCAGGAUCCAAGACAGGCGCUCGCCAGCGGCUGCAGGCACGGAGACAGCACACCCGCAAAAAGUAA